UGGGGGCCAGUCCAACGAUGCUGUUAGCCAGGCAGCCUUUAAUUUGAAAGAUAUGGAAGUGAAGAGCAUAGGCAUUGCCAUGAGACAGACUGAUACCAGAGAAAUGCAGUCAAUCACAUCUGAUCUACGGCUCAUCCUUCAGGCAAAAGACUUUUCAGAUUUGCCAGGCCUGCAGUUGGAUCUUUUAUCUGCCAUUACUCAAGUCUCCAGUCCCGGUUCGAUAGCUGAGUCUCAGGGUCCCAAGAAGGAUGUGGUCUUCCUCAUUGAUGGCUCAGACAGCGUAGGAAGAGAAUUCCCCAUCAUCCAGGAGUUCAUCCGCAGAGUUGUUGAAAACCUUAAUGUGGGUGAGAACAAGAUUCGAAUUGGUGUGGUGCAGUAUGGUGACUCCCCUUCAGCAGAUAUCUACCUGAACUCCCAUACGACCAAAGAGGGCGUCAUGAAUGCUGUGAGGUCGCUGAGACAGCGUGGUGGAAGGCAGCGUAACUUGGGCCAGGCUGUGGAGUUUGUCAGUCGGGACGUGCUCACAGCUGCACGUGGAGGCAGAAAGCAGGAGGGUGUCCAUCAGUUUGUGAUUGUCGUUUCUGGAGGAAGUUCCACUGAUGACGUCAGACGGGCAGCAACCUCGCUUAAGCAGUCCGGGGUUCUGCCCUUAAGCAUUGGGACCAGAGAUGCUAGCCAACAGGAGCUCCAGAUGAUCUCCUACGUUCCUAACUUUGCUUACACCGUGGACGACUUCCCUGGUCUAUACACUGUCCAGGAAAACUUGAUCUCCACGCUGACAGAGUUGUCAGAUGAAGAAAUUGCCAGGCUGCGUCCGGUAUUCCCAAGUUUUGAUGUGACAACCACAGUAGUAACCACUGGCGGAGACAAGAGGGAUGUGGUAUUCCUCAUUGACGGAACAACAGCAGUACGCAACGAGUUCCCUGCUAUCAGGGAUAUGAUCAACAGGGUAGUGGGAAAGCUGGAUGUGGGUCUGGAUCGCGUCAGGGUGUCAGUGGUGCAGUACAGUGAUGACGCCAAAGUGGAGUUCCUUUUGAACGAAUUCUCAACAAAAGAGGAAGUCCGCCAGGCUGUGAGCAGGCUGCGGAGCAGAGGUGGGAACCUGCUCAACACAGGGCGUGCUCUUGACUGGGUCUCCAAGAACAUAUACCAGAGAUCAGCAGGUAGUCGGAUUGAGGAUGCUGUGCCACAGUUCCUGAUCCUAGUCACUGGAGGCAAGUCUUCAGAUGAUGUUUCUGGUCCGGCUAAUCAGCUGAAGACCAACCUUGUUGCUCCUCUUGCCAUUGGGGCAAGGAAUGCCGAUCCCAAUGAACUGAGGCAGAUCGCACUGAAGCCAGAGCUUACCUACACUAUCAGCAACUUCGGGCAACUUCCAAGUGUUGAGCAGCAACUCAUUGCUUCAGUCAACACCAUGACCACCGCUGACAUCUCUACUAGUGUUGUUGACUCAGUCCAAAACCUUAACAUGGGGAGAAAGGACAUAAUUUUCCUCGUUGAUGGAUCAGACACCACAGGCUCUUCCGGCAUCGCCCACAUCCGUGACUUCAUCCUGAACAUAGUUCAGCAGCUCAAUGUUCAGCCAGACCACGUGCGGGUAUCUGUUGUCCAAUACUCAGACAAGGUUAAGACUGAGUUUUCCCUCAACUCCCACAACAACAAGCCAGAUGUUCUGUCAGCUAUCAAGAGACUUCGUCAGAUGGGCGGCCGGUCCUCAAACUUGGCAGAAGCCAUUGAGCAUGUGAUCCGGAAUGAGUUGAAAGCCUCAGCAGGUGUCCGUCUGGCCGAAGCCUCCCAGCAUCUUGUGGUUCUCACUGGCGGACGCUCCACAUCCGACCUGUCAGUUUAUGGGCCUCUGCUGAAGGGGUCUCGAGUCAACUGCAUUGGUAUCGGCGCUGGGGCCGCUGACGCCAGGCAGCUGAAACAAAUCGCCACCACCUCAGAAGAUGUUCUCCAGGUGCCAACGUUCCCGGGGUUGCCUGUCAUCAGAGAGAAGUUCAUUGCCCGUCUUAAUGGGACUAUCCCAGAGGAGCCCCCCACAGAUUGGGAGGACCCCAAUCUCCCCAAAGCCAAGGCGGCUGAUAUUGUGUUUUUGGUCGAUGGCUCCAUCAAUCUGGGCAAGGAUAACUUCAAGGAGGUUAUGGAGUUCAUUCUGAAUCUCAUCGACCUCUUCUUCACCGAGAGGGACAAACUUCAGAUUGGCCUGGCGCACUACUCCACGGACAUGACCGACGUCUUCUUCCUCAACACUUACAAGAACAAGGACGACAUCAUCAAUGCCAUCACCGGGACCGAGUACAAGGGUGGGCGGAAGAUCAACACAGGUGCAGCCAUUCGCCACGUGCAGCAGAACCACUUCAUCAAGGAGAAAGGAAGCAGGAAAGACGAAGGCAUCCCUCAGAUCCUGAUGAUCGUCACUGGAGGACGUUCGUCUGACGACGGCAAGUCGGCAGCUCUCGCUCUGAAAGCUACCGGUGUGCGAAUCUACGCAGUUGGAGUGGGGAACAUCGAGGAUGAGUUGAUCGACCUGGGCAGCGAGGCCACCACAGUGGCGAGGGCAAGCACCUUCCUGGAGCUAUCGGAGCUCAACGAGCAGAUCCUGGAAACGCUGGAUGAUGAGGUGAAAGGUGUGAAACUCUGCACAGGUGUGCCGGACUCAGUCAAAAGCUGCAAUGUGGAGGUGUUGGUGGGCUUUGACGUGUCUGCCCAGAACAUUUUUGCCGCCCAGACCAACCUCCAGACCAAGAUGGGAGCCAUCCUCCAGAGAAUCUCCAAGAUGGCGUCUAUCAGCUGCUCCUCGGGCCAGAUCCCCUCUGUCCAGGUGGGGAUGCUGGCCAUGGACUCUGCCUCCGAGCCAGUCAUGCUGGAAUUCACCAAUAACGCAGAUGAGCUGUUCGAAGCAUUCAAGGGCUUGAGAAACUCCGGCCCUUACCUUCUCAAUGGCAAGACUAUCACUGCUUACAACACAAGGUUCAAAAGCAGACCGGGUGACACCACUAAGGUUGUGAUUCAUCUGACUGAUGGAUUGGAUGGCCAAUACUCUGAGAUGAAGAGACGAGUUGAGGAGCUUCGGCUUUCCGGUGUGAGCAGCUUCAUCCUGGUGGGUCUUGAGCGCGUGCCCAGGUUUGAAGAGGCAGUGUUGCUGGAGUUCGGCCGUGGUUUCCGGUAUACUCGCCCCCUGCGUGUCAACAUCAUGGACCUUGACUAUGAGCUGAUGGAGGAACUGGACAAUAUUGCUGAGAGGGAGUGCUGUGCAGUGCCAUGCAAGUGCACAGGCACCAGAGGAGAUAGAGGUGGAGUUGGCUUACCAGGACCUAAGGGCGGUCCAGGUGGAGUGGGAUACCCAGGGCAUCCUGGAGAUGAGGGUGGACCUGGAGACAGAGGUCCUCCUGGUGUGAAUGGAACUCAGGGUUUCCAGGGCUGUCCAGGUCAGAGAGGCGUCAAGGGUUCUCGUGGAUACUCUGGCGAAAAGGGAGAUUUUGGAGAGAUUGGCCUGGAUGGUAUUAAUGGAGAAGAGGGUACAAGUGGAAUUGUUGGGCCCCCUGGAGAUAGAGGGAACCCAGGGAGAAGGGGACCCAAAGGCCUUAAAGGAAAGGCGGGAGAUAUAGGGGGUACUGGAAUCAGGGGAGAUCCUGGUGCAACGGGGCUUGAUAACAACCGUCCGGGACCUAAAGGGGACCUAGGCGAUGCUGGUCCAGUGGGAGAGCCAGGACAGGAUGGCACCAGGGGAGGCGCAGGCGAACCAGGAAGGAGGGGUGCUGAUGGUAGGAGAGGCGCUCCUGGACCAGCUGGACCUUUGGGCAAGCCUGGAGCUGACGGGCUCCAAGGAGAGCCAGGGAUCGGAGGAUCCAGGGGACCAGCAGGACCCACGAGUACACCAGGAACCCGAGGCGAGGAUGGGAACCCAGGACCCAGGGGCCCAGGAGGAACCCAAGGACCCGGAGGAGACAAGGGACGACGGGGCACUGUUGGUCGCAAGGGAGAGCCGGGAGACCCCGGACCCAAAGGCAUUGUGGGACCUCUGGGGCCUCGUGGGGAACCUGGUGAGGAUGGUCGGGAUGGCUUUGGGAUCCCGGGACCCAAGGGCAGGAGGGGCGACGAGGGCUUCCCAGGGUUCCCAGGACCAAAGGGUGCGGCAGGAGACGCAGGGACCCCUGGAGGACCUGGACGCCAUGGCAACCGCGGCCAGACGGGUGUUUCAGGAGAUAUUGGUUCACCGGGUCAGAAGGGAGAUGUCGGAUACCCUGGUUCCUACGGUCAGAAGGGGCCGAGAGGACCUGGUGUUGUGCAAUGCGACCUGGUCAAGAAAAUCAGAGAUAACUGCCCCUGCUGCUACGGCAAGCAAGAGUGUCCUCUCUAUCCCACCGAGCUGGCCUUCGCCCUGGACGCCUCAGAUGGCGUGCCGGCCCCGGCCUUCAGAAACAUGCGUGACGCCGUCCUCCGGCUGGUUGGCAACAUCACCAUCGCCGAGAGCAACUGUCCCCGCGGCGCACGUGUAGCCCUGACCCUCUACAACAAUGAGGUGACCACCGAGAUCAGGUUUUCCGACGCUCUGAAGCGCCGCGCUCUCGUUCAGCGCAUCGAAGGACUGCAGGCCCUGCAGACACGCAAGCAGCGCAGCCUGGAGACGGCUAUGAACUUCCUGGCCCAGAACACCUUCAAGAGGGUGCGGAGCGGCUUCCUGAUGAGGAAGGUGGCCAUCUUCUUCGUAAACGGGGCGGUGAAAGAAUAUCCGGCCAUCAGCGCCGCGGCACUCAGGCUCUACGACUCCGGAAUCGCCUCCGUGUUCCUGCUCAACCGUGAGGAUCGCGCGCUCUCCAGAGCUCUGCAGAUCAACAACACAGCCCUGGCUCAGGUGGUCGUUCUGCCCAGUCCUGGAAGUGCACAGUACAACUCUGUCAUCCAGAAGGUUAUGAACUGCCACGUGUGCUUUGACUUCUGCUCCCCGGAUACCAUAUGCGAUUACAUCCCUCCAACGUCCCCCAGAGACCGGCGCUCCUUCACCUCAGAUGUGGACAUUGACAUGGCCUUCGUCAUGGACAGCUCCGAGACCACCUACCCCGCCACUUUCGACGAGAUGAAGCACUACAUGGCACACAUGGUGGACCAGUUAGAGAUCUCCUCCAGCCCAGCCUCGUCCAUCCACCACGCCAGGGUGGCUGUGGUGCAGCAGGCCCCGUACGAGUUCCUCCGCAACAGCAGCGGCCUUCCCAUCCACAUCAACCUGCGGCUGACGGACCAGCACUCGGCCCGAGACAUCCGGACCUUCCUGCUGGAGAAGACCCCUCAGCUGGAAGGAGGCCUGGCCCUGGCGGCGGCCAUCGAGAGCACGGUGGAGCAGGUGUUCGAGAAGACUCCUCACCCGCGAGACCUGAAGGUGCUGAUCCUGAUGGUGACCGGCCCGGUGGCCGAGGACGAGGAGAGGCUGGUGCGGGUCGCCACGGAGAUUAAGUGUAAGGGGUACUUCCUGGUGGUCCUGGGCGUGGGUGAGAAGCUUCGGGCCGCGGACACGCGAGUCCUGUCCCGCAUGGUCAGCGAGCCGUCCGACGUGUUCUUCAAGAGGCUGGAUGGCACCUCGCAGUUCUACGACAAAUACAUCCAGAACUUUGGUCGCCUGCUGCCCAAGUAUCUCAGCAUUGAGAAUGCUUUCUACAUGUCCCCUGAAGUCUCCAAGCACUGCCAAUGGUCCCAGAGUGACCAGCCUUUCAAAAACCCUUUCAAAGCUUCUCAGGAGAAACAUCACAAACACCAUGAAAAUCAGCAGGAGGUCCAUCCAAGGAAACACAAAGAAUCGGUCGAGCUCCACGUGGCCAACGUGACCUCCAGCAGCCUGAGUCUGCGCUGGGCCGAGGCCGACCCCAAGCUCAUGGCCUACUUUGAGGUGGCGGUGACACGCCUCCACGACCACGCCCUGGUGCUGAGGAAGAACGUCACAGGCACCGAGCUGCUGGUGGAUGGCCUGGACGCCGGACAGACCUACCAUGCUGUGGUCACCGCCCACACCGCCGACGGCAACAUUGCCUCCAGCUACAAGGGCAUCAUCACCACAAAAGCAGACGAGCACAAAGUCUCCCACCACGUCUCUCUUCCUGCGUUGACACCCCCCCUAGACAAACCAGAGACGGCUAACGAACUCCCAGGCCCAUGUUCACUUGACUAUGACCCUGGACUGCCGUGCAAAGACUAUCAGGCUAAGUGGUUCUUUGACAGAAAGAACGGGAUCUGUACUCAGUUCUGGUACGGGGGUUGUGGAGGAAAUGGAAAUAGGUUCGAGACCGAGGCCCAGUGCCUGCAGCUCUGCGUGAGGUCAGCACCAGAACCUCAGCAGAACAUGGAGCAAGUAAAGACUGAGAUCCUUCCAGCUCCCGCGGCCCUAACAGGAAGUGACAUCUGCCAGUUGGCCAAGGAGGAGGGCACCUGCGCCAAGUUCGUCCUCAAGUGGCACUACGACGCCCUGAGCAAGAGCUGCUCUCGCUUCUGGUACGGAGGCUGCGGAGGGAACCAGAACCGCUUCAACACACACGAAGAGUGUGAGAAGGCCUGUGGAAAAGCAGCUGCCAGCCGAGGAAUCAUCGCCGCUAUAAGAACAUAGGAGGACAUUGAUGAAUUGUCAACGUAUACCUCUGUUGAGGAAAUUCUGAGGACAACCAACUAAAAAUAGUGUGAAGGCGAUGCUAUACCAAAGCAAAAAGGUGGCUGCACUGGAUUCCACAAGAAGAAAAAAAAUCUUGAAGUAGUUUUUUGUCACACAAAGAGAAAGAAACACAAUUUGCUGCAUGAUUUAUCUUCCUACUGGUGCUACAUAGUGUUUUCCUUUGUUUGUUAUUUUUUUUUUUUUUGGGGGGGGGGGGGGGGGGGGGGGGGGGGUCGAGUUGCAGAGUACAUCGAAUGUUGUAUUGUAACAUUUACACCAUCUGUUUUUCAUACUUGUUCAAAAUUGUUUUAUCAUUAAAAAAAUUAAAUGUGUAUGAAUAUAAUGGACAGAGAUUAUCAAUAAAUCCAAACUUUGCAGGAAUUAUAUUAUUCAGCUCCGUAACCAUUUAUAACACACACACACACACACAGUGCCACAAUAAACUACUCAUCAUAGAUUUAUAUAUUGAUCACUAGUCUCCAGACUUUCCCUCACAAUGUUUAAGACGAUCACAAUAACAUAAUCCAUGCUGAUGUUUACACAAGUCCUUCCUGGCAGUGUGUAUAUAAUGACAUUGAUCAAUUAUCAGUGUCUAAUGGCAUUCAUCAUUUAACCUAAAUGCACUUCUGGAACCACUGCUUCAAACACAAAUGUUCCAGUAUUUUAAAAAGAGGAAUGUACUUUUCAAGUUGUUAAAAAAUAUGUUUUGUUUUUGUUUUACUUAUCUUUUGUGUCUCAUCUGGGAACAGGGAAAUAAAAAAAUAAUUAGACUUUCUAAUAAA